GUGGGAGGGGAAACCCCGUGCGAGCGGCGCCGCCAUCUUGGCUGCGGGGGUGAUGGGGGCGCAGCGGAGCCGCGUCUGAGGGGAAGCGGAGCCAGCGCGGAGCGAGGCCCCCCCGACCGGAGACACACACACACGCACACACACACGGAGACACGCACACACCGCCCCGCUGCGGGGAACAGGCACCGCGCUGCACAGCUCCCCGAGCCCCGAGCACAGUGCCACAAUGGCAACUGCACCUUACAACUAUUCCUACAUCUUUAAGUACAUCAUUAUUGGGGACAUGGGUGUAGGAAAGUCCUGUUUGCUUCAUCAAUUCACAGAAAAGAAGUUUAUGGCAGACUGUCCCCACACAAUUGGUGUUGAAUUUGGCACAAGAAUAAUUGAAGUUAGUGGCCAAAAAAUUAAACUACAGAUUUGGGAUACAGCAGGACAAGAGAGAUUCAGGGCUGUCACACGAAGCUACUACAGAGGAGCAGCAGGAGCUCUCAUGGUCUACGACAUCACCAGAAGAAGUACAUAUAAUCACUUAAGCAGCUGGCUGACAGAUGCAAGGAACCUCACCAAUCCAAAUACUGUGAUAAUCCUCAUAGGAAACAAAGCAGACCUGGAAGCACAGAGGGAUGUUACAUAUGAAGAAGCCAAACAAUUUGCUGAAGAAAAUGGUUUAUUGUUCCUCGAAGCAAGUGCAAAAACUGGGGAGAACGUGGAGGACGCGUUCCUGGAGGCCGCCAAGAAGAUCUACCAGAACAUCCAAGACGGGAGCCUGGACCUGAACGCGGCCGAGUCGGGCGUACAGCACAAACCAUCGGCCCCGCAGGGCGGGCGGCUAACGAGCGAACCCCAGCCCCAGAGGGAAGGCUGUGGCUGCUAGUGACCCUCCAGGGCUCCUCUGACCCUCCAGGGCUCCUCUGACCCUCCAGGGCUCCUCUGACCCCACACCUCUGCUCUCGGGAGCGCUGCUUUUGGCCGCUGCCCCGUCUUCUGUACAUCUUACUGGGUUUAAUUAAAACUCUUGAGACAAGUUUAACACAGUACUAAACUGCUAAACAACUUUAGAUGUAAUCAGGUUAUCAAAGGCAAGUAGAGUAAUAAAACCUCUCCUGCAUGGUAAAUCUAGAAGUUUUUUUUUUUUCCUUGAUUGUCCUUGUGAUAGUGUCACCGAUACAUAAUUUAAACUGAGCACUGAUGCUGGACUCCUGAUUUUACACUUUCGCAGGGCUUUUGUCUUGUAUGGUUUAAUUUUAUGGUUCUUUGGCCUUUCUCCCCCACCUCUAACUGUUGGAGCUGUCCAUAGUAAAGGAUGAGUUUUUGCUGUGAAAUGACUUCCGAUGGUAGCGAGGGGCUCUGUAACCAUGUGCUUUGUUGGAAGAAUUCCCUGUGGGAUGUGUUGGGGGUCGGGGUGGCGCCGGGAAGUGACCUGUUCAUUCUUGUGCUCAAUAGCUUUAUGUCCUUUUUUUUGCCACUUCUCUCCUUUCCAUUUGUUAACAGAACGUAAAUAUGUAUAAAAUUUGAAGGAACUGAGCUAACAGUUAAAUACAUCCUGUGUAUAUGAUUUUAUUGAAGAAACCGAUGCCUGGCAUUAGAACAGUGUGUAAGAAAACCCCGUUUGUACAGUCUGAGCUCUCUGUGCCCACCUGCCCUGGCAGCACAGCCCGGCCCUGGCUGCAGCUCCCAGGCAGCAUUCCCAGUGUCCCCAGGGAUGCGGUGCUGGGGACACAGACAUUAACACUAGUGGGAUCUGUCUCAUCUCUGCACUGGGGGUUCUCUCCCCUCUGCUUCUCGUUGCCCUUCUCAGGCUCCAUCCGUGGCCGGGGCUCUCGCACACCCCCUGCUUUUGUACCUGUACCUUUGGGAAUGGGCAGAGGCUGAACUGGACACUUGGAACAACAUGUGCUCUCCAGGGAUUUUAACUGCUGUUGUAUUUUUUACCAGUCCUGUGUGAGGGGUUUUUUUAAGGGUUUUGCAUCCAGCCUUGGAGUACAUCCUUCUGUGUGUGAGGGGUGUCACGUGGUGACCCUGCACGGGGGGAAUGUUGCUGCACUAAGGGGAGGUUUUAACUGUGGCUCCAAGUGCAGCUUCACUUGGGAAACAUCACAUGGUUUAAAAAUGGAAGGGUAAGUGCUUAAUGUCCCACCUCAGGCUCACUGCAGCGUUUCAAAUACAAAGUAGCCUUAAAAUCCCGCUCUAGACACUAAAACUCCACAAUGUUCAGACUUGUAAGUAACCAGUGGUACCAGAGUAUUGUACAGUCCUUGUUAAAUAAAAGCCAAAACUGGAAUGUGCAGACAGUGGGUUUGGGUAACUUGUGCACUGUCCCUCUGUUUUGUCUGGUUAGUCCUUUUUUACCUCCUGUUCCUCAGUAGAUGGGUAUGUCCGAGAUCUCCAGCUCCUGCAUCUGCUUCCCCCGAGGCUGCACCAGGGCUUGCCCAGGGACCACGACCUGCUGCUGGUGUGAAGUCAGUGUUGUAAUGACUACAGCUUGUUGAGGUGCAAUACCUGUACUCCCGGAGUCAGUUCAGUAGGUCUGAUUGUUUCUGUCACAGAAAGGAUCUGGUUGGACUGCUGUACUCCUCAUUUGAUGUAACAAUGCUAUUAAUCUAAAUAUUUGUAAAUAAAGUACCUGUAUCUAGAUAAA